AAUAUCUGAUAUAUUUCCAGAUAGCAGCAUUGGGUAUGGUGUCUAAGACUGACGCUCGAGAGGAGAGACUGUCGGGGCUACUCAAGUUCUGGAAUGGGAUCAUUGCUGUUGGAACCAAUUCUGGCAAAGUGUAUCUGCUCGAUGUCUGGUGGAAAGGUCUUCAGAAAUGUAUUGAAGAUUAUCAUCAUAGCAUUUACGAUGAGCAUAAACAGAGUAAGCUGAUGGAAGUGACACUCAGAGACUUGGCAGACGAUAUUGAGUGCAGGACCAACAGUAUAAGGCAUGGCAGUUCUACCCUCGCUCUAUGGCUUAAUGAGGAGACACUUCAGAGGCAGAGGUCUGCAACACACCCUGGAGUACAGAACAUACUGGGUCGCAUGCCACGGGAGUUCCUGGCUGUGUCAGCACUCCGCUACUUCCCCCAGAUCUCCACCCUGGCUGUAGGCUACAACACAAGCUGCUUCCAAUUAUGGGACUUGUCUUCUCUUACUAUACUGUAUACGUCGGCACUGCUGGAGGCGAUGUUACCUGUGUUCUCAUUUAUGCUCCUGGAGCCUUCAGACGACCCUCGCCAUGUCUGCUACCUGUGGUCCUUGCACCACUCUGUAGAUGAGGAUAAUCUCCCCUUCGCCGGAAUGUACCUUCUCAACUAUCGGGAGAAACACUUCAGCAACUACAGCAUGGUUCCAUACUACCGGGGAUUCUCAUCGUGUUCGAUCCGUUAUCAGUUAGACUUGGGAACAGAGCUGGACAAUGUGGUCAGUGGCCGUAUCAUCUCCUGCCAGGGACUCCACCGCAGCCACACCAAGUCUACUCCUGCUUGGCAACAGGAAGAAGCGUCCAGUGAGGAGGCCACGGCCAGCCUGUUGUCCAUCGUGUGGGAAGUAUGGAUUCCUAACCAGUUGGCCACCUUCACACAACUGACUCUGUUCGACCUGAACCAGUGGUAUCGUGAAUACAUGUCCAUAGUGAUAAGUAACAGUGUGCCAUUGUUUGACAGAAGCGUCCAGUGAGGAGGCCACGGCCAGCCUGUUGUCCAUCGUGUGGGAAGUAUGGGUUCCUAACCAGUUGGCCACCUUCACACAACUGACUCUGUUCUACCUGAACCAGUAGUAUCGUGAAUACAUGUCCAUAGUGAUAAGUAACAG